AGUUUACAGUGGCAGAUUCCUCUCACUGUGGCGUUGGGAAAUGCGAGCAGAAUCUCCUCAGAGAGCCUCAUCUGGAUCAACAACAAGACAGAGAUCCACAGGAUUGGUCAGAUGGAGGAUGACAGCUGGUUGCUAGGCAACAUUAACCAGAUGGGCUACUUCCGGGUGAACUAUGACCUCCAGAACUGGAAACUGCUGAUUCAGCAGCUUCACACCAACCCUGAGAUAAUCUCCGUUGGCAACAGGGCGGGGCUUAUUGAUGAUGCCUUCAACCUGGCCAGGGCAGGGUACCUCCCCCAGGGCAUUCCUCUGCAGCUGAUUGGCUACCUGCCUGAGGAGACGUCCUUCCUGCCGUGGCACGCCGCCAGCCGGGUCCUUUACCAGCUGGACAAGCUGCUGGACCGCACCGACGAAUACAGCCUGUUCAGUGACUACGUGCUGAAGCAGGUCGCGUCCCGGUACCAUCAGAUGGGCUGGCCGAGUAACGGCCCGAGCGGCGAGAGCGGCGUGAUGCAGGCGUCCUACCAGACUGAGGAGCUGCAGAGGGAGCUCAUCAUGUUGGCCUGCAGCUUCGGGAACAAACACUGCCACCGGCAGGCCGUCGCACACAUCUCCGACUGGAUCUCCAGCAACAAGAACAGGAUUCCUCCCAACGUCAGAGACAUCGUGUACUGCACCGGCGUCAGCCUGAUGGACGAGGACGUGUGGGAGUUCAUCUGGAUGAAGUUCCACUCGUCCAACGCCGUUUCAGAGAAGAAGAUCCUGCUGGAGGCGCUGACCUGCUCCGACAACACCUUCCUGCUCAACAGGUUGCUGAACCUGUCGCUGACCUCUGACCUCGUCCCGGAUCAGGAUGUGAUCGACGUCAUCAUCCACGUCGGCAGGAAUCCUCACGGCCGACACCUCGCCUGGAAACACUUCAGAGAGAAGUGGGACGUUCUCAACAGCCGUUAUGGUGAAGCGUUGUUCAUGAACUCCAAGCUGAUCAGUGGAGUCACAGAGUUCCUCAACACAGAGAGAGAGCUGACUGAGUUAAAGGAGUUCAUCCAGUCCAGUGGAGGGAGGGCGGGGCCUGCGUUGCCGCGGGCGCUCGAGAUCGUCGAGGGCAACGUGCGCUGGCACCGCCUCCACCGACGGCAGUUCUACCAAUGGCUGCGCAAAGCUCCAAACUCCGCCCUCGGCUAACGGCUACGCUCGCUAGCCGCUAACGGACUGCUAGCCGAGCGCUAACGUCCAGGAGGCCGA